UGCGACUCCUCCUCCUUGCGCUCCUAGGACGCCUCUGGAGAUUGAGGUUCCUAUCGCACCCUUCUGCGGCCCGGCUGCCCUAUGUGCAUUCCGCAGCUGCACCUGCUGAUGGUGGUGAUCCUGAUGCUUCCUGACGCCGCCGGACCUCAGCCCUUCCCCCCAACCCAGGCUCUGCCCACCUCCCUGGGGCCAGUGACGCCCGAAGUGGCUACUGCAGCUCCACCGGACUGGUCUGAGGGCCCUACUCCCGGGACCCCGUCGAUGCCCGAGAACGUGACCACAGACCCCUUCCCAGCCUUGCCGAUCUGCGUCUGUGACUUGACUCCUGGUACCUGCGAUUUAAACUGCUGCUGUGACAAGGACUGCGAUCUUCUCCAUCCCAGGACCGUCUUUUCCUUCUGCCUGCCUGGUAGUGUAAGAUCUUCCAGCUGGGUGUGUGUCGACAACUCUCUUAUCUUCAGGAGCAACUCCCCAUUCCCUUCCAGAGUUUUCACGGAUUCCAGUGGAAUUGCACAGUUUUGUGUCCGUGUGAACAACUCAAAACUAAAUUACUUCCAGAAGCUCCAAACAGUCAAUGCCACCAACUUCGAGGCCCUGGCUGCAGAGUUUGGAGGCCAGUCCUUUACUUCGACAUCGAAAGCCGAGCCGCCAUUAGCGUUUUACAGGGCUGGGGAUCCCAUCCUGACUUACUACCCCCGCUGGUCUGUCGUGAGCUUACUGAGGCAGCCUGCUGCAGUGGGAGCUGGGGGGUUUUGUGCUGAGAGCAAUCCUGCAGGCUUCCUGGAGAGGAAAAGCACAGCCUGCACUCGCUUCUUCAGGGACCUGGCCAGUAGCUGCACCUCGGAGCCAGCCCUGGACGCUGCCACUUACCACAACUUCAGAGUCUUGAAGGUUCCAAGAGGUAUGACUGAUCUUCAGAAUACACAGCUCCAGGUUCCUGUAACACUUACCUCACAAACCAGUCCUCCUCUGUUGGCUGGAAACACGUGUCAGAAUAUAGUUUCCCAGGUCAUCUAUGAGAUAGAGACCAAUGGGACCUUUGGGAUCCAGAAAGUGUCUGUGAGCUUUAGACAGACCAACCUGACUGUCAGGCCAGGUGUUUCCUUACAACAAGACUUCGUCAUUCACUUCAGGGCAUUUGAACAACGCAUGGCUGCUUUUCCUACUCCUAGAAGUGGGAAUCCCGGCUACCUCAUCGGGAAGCCACUUUUGGCGCUAACUGAUGACUUUGGACACAAGAUGACCCUGUUGCAGAGCGACGGUAAUGGACUUUGCUCUGAUAAGAGACAUGAAAUACAGUUUGGAGUGAACACAAUAUCUGGCUGCAAGUUAAGACCCACAGAGGUGAACUGCAGCCAUUUGCAGAGGGAGAUUUACCAGGCUCUUCAUGGAAGGCCCAGACCAGAGCACGUCGCCAUCUUUGGUAAUCCUGACCCAGCCCAGAAAGGAGGGUGGACCAGGAUCCUCAGCAGGAACUGCAGUGUUUCAGCUGUUAACUGCACUUCCUGCUGUUUCAUACCAGUUUCCCUGGAGAUCCAGGUGUUGUGGGCACAUAUAGGACUUCAGUCUAACCCACAAGCUCAUGUGGCAGGAGCCCGGUUCCUGUACCAAUGCAAGUCUGUACAGGAGCACCAGAGAGGGAUAGAAGUAUCUUUGACAACUCUUGUGAACUUUGUGGACAUUACUCAGAAGCCAGUGCCACCACGGGAUCAACCUAGAACGGACUGGAAACUGCCGUUUGAUUUCUUCUAUCCUUUCAAAGUGGCAUUCAGCAGAGGGGCCAAUGUUCAGGACUCAGCCUCUCCCGUGCUCAUCUUGUGCAUCUUUCUGCUUGGAGUUCUCAACUCACAGACUAAGUGAAAAUGGAAAAUAAUCAGGUUUCAUUUUUCCCUAUGGGAAAUUCUAAGAUGGCCUGCUUGUCUUGGCCGAAGAGGUCCUCACUUACUCAUGAUUACAGGAGGACAUUUAGGGAAACAGAACCUCACUAAAGGAAACUGUUUUCCCCAUUUUCUCACUGUGUAACCUUGGCUGGCCUGGAGUUCCCAGUAUAAACCAGGCUGGGCUCAAACUUAAAGAGAUCCCCCUGCCACUGCGUCCCUACUGCUGGGAUUAAAGGCGUGCUGCCACCAUGCUCAGCCAGGAAUUUUUAUAAAUUCAAGCUGGUAUUCUAAAAAUGCCAUUAAAAAUAUUUCAUCAUGAUAGCUUUCAGCUUAGGGCUCCACAGAACUACAGGUACACUCUGGGUUCUCUGCUUCUAAAGCUGGGCAGGCCAGAGCCUCCACCUCUUCACGUCGUAUCUUGUCUCUCUAAAUAUUUGUAAGAUCUGUCCAGCUGCUCACAGGCACAUGUUCCUGCUGUCACCCAGACUGAAUUCAGAAGGGCUGGACCCUGCACCAGUGCUGGCAGUUCAAGCCAGGAAACUGCUGGCUCUGUAUUUUGUCUGGCUCUUUUGCCAAAGUGUGGCCACACCCCUUGCCCAGACCCGAGUUAGGAAAGUAGUUCUUUCUGCUCAUUUUCCAAAGUGAAUGGAAUCCCAGCUCUUCUCAGUAGCAGAUGGCCCCACUGUUCCUUUCUGUCGUUUCCUACUUUGUGGUGUGGAGAAAUAAAAGUGACUGAGAACUCUGA